AUGGCCUCACUCUUCCCCACUUCUCCAUCUCCUUCUUCACUUCGACAAACACCUUCAACCAACGCUAAAUCCAUUGAACAUGUCUGGAACGACAUUAAACUUUCCUCUCUCUCUAACUGCUCCUUAGACCUCAACCUCAACAAUCCCACAUCGCUUGCUGCUGAUUCUUCUUUUCUUAAACGACAUACUCCACCCACCUUUCUUUCCGCUCCUAACCCUUCCUUUGAUGCUAAUUGCGACCCCAAUAUCAACAAAAUGGUUCAACGAGAUAUCUAUGAUAAACGACAUAAACGCAUGAUCAAGAAUCGAGAAUCUGCAGCUUAUAGAAAAGAGUUGGAAAUUAAAAUUGCCCGUUUAACGGAAGAGAAUUCCAGACUAAGAAAACAACUGGAAGAGUUGCAGAUUCGCGUGGCUAUGCCUCCCAGAAUGGGAACACUGUAUAGAACCUCAACAUCUCCAUUUUGA